GAGCACAAGGGAUAUUUCCAAUCAAAUGCUGCUAUAUAUAUAGCAAUCUGCCCGAGUGGAUUUAGUUUUUCGCAAUUAUAUUUUUGGUACAUCACGAACUGGCGUCGCAUCCCUCGUCGCCAAAUCGUAAACAGAAAGCGCCACCCAUCGGCCACGCCAAGUACUACCCGUACCCAGAAUUGUUGGGCUGAAGAUUGUCGAUUGUUUUCCAACAAUUUUAUUUAAUUUGUUGUUUGUUCCUUGCAUGUGAGUUGUAACUAUGGAGCAAUAUCUAAGUCGCCGGGAGAGUGGCUUUCGGUCGUGGGGCGACGAGGACUUUGUGAUGCGCCGCAUAUACACCACAAUGAACAUGUUCAAUAGCUACCAUGCCAAUCUGCGUCCCGACGAGGCCGGACGCCACACGGGGGCGAUUUUCAAUUUGGAAUUCAAUGCCGAUGGCAAUGUGCUGGUGGCCGCCACCGAGCGCAAGUGCGUCUUGGUUUUCGAUGCCAUCACACAGAAGGAAAUCGUCAAGGUACCCGACGCCCAUACCGACAGCGUCAACUGCAUCAAGUUCUUCGACGAGCGCCUCUUUGCCACGGGCUCGGACGACUUUACCGUCGCACUGUGGGACUUGCGCAACAUGCGCGAAAAGCUUCGUGUCUUGCACGGCCAUUCCAAUUGGGUGAAGAACAUCGAGUACUCGUCCAAGGACAAGCUGCUCGUCAGCUCCGGCUUCGACGGCAGCAUCUUCACCUGGGACAUUGCCUCGCACACGGAACAGGGCCUCAUCUCGCAGCGUGUGUUCCAUGCCAGCGGCCUCAUGAGAUGCCGCAUCUCUCCGACGGGCGACAAGCUGGUGUUGUGCACCAGCGGUGGCUACAUCAUGAUCAUCCAUCACCUGGACUUGACCACACUGCACAAGGACCUCAGUGGCUUCAGACCGGGCAUCUACCGCCUCAUGCAGCUGGGCGAUCAGUACAUCCCACAGGCGGCCAAAUACGAUCAUGUGUUCUCGCGGCGCCAGAAGAAGAACCGCGUGGAGCUGGUCACAGAUUUUCCCGACCAGAACGACGCCGAGAUGAUAAUGGCCCUACAGAUUCAUCCACACUGCCGCUGCAUGCUCACGCGCAAUGUGAGCUGCGACGAGCAGAGCGAGUGGACCUGCAUACACGACAUCAACGAGGAGGCGCCCACGGCUGACUCUGAGCAGGAGGACGAGGGGGUGACGACCAAAAUAAAGAGACGCCACCUAUCCUUCACGUCCGGCCGUGCAGCCAGUACGUCGGAGACUCCUCCAGCCGCUCAGGAGGGGGGCGGCGCCUCAGAAGGGACUUCGACGCGACCGACACGCCGCAUCACUCGCGGCAUGCAGGUAUUCCGCUAUAAUCCGACUUCCGGCCGUGGUGGCACCGCGGCCAACGCACGGCAUCUGCAUGAACGACCCGAAAGCUUUAUACCCGACAUCUGGGCAGCAGAGGUAACCGUCCAGGAGCGCGCCACCCGCCAGAAUCGGGCGCGUGAGGCGAACAAUCAAGUGAGUGGAUAUAAUUUUGUGUAUGCCAUAAGCAGUGGAGUCUUACCAUUGCGCCAGGCGGCAGCGGCGGCGGCCGCAAGCCAACGCCCGUCCAGCUAUGGCAUCACCAACAUUGAGGGAGUGCUUGCAGGAGGCAGCAGCAACAGCAACAGCAGGAGCAACACCAGCAGCAACACCACCAACACCACCAACAGCAACGGGACCAGAGUAGGCGUGGAGAUCAGAGCGCGUCGCUUAAUCCCAUUUAUGGCCACCACGGCCCCAGAACUGAAAUCGAAUGGCCAUUCCAUACUGGUGAAUGCCAGGAAGCUGCUGUACUAUGCCUCCGAGACAAACACCAAGCCGGGCUUCAUCAAGGAGCCGGGCUUCUCCGCCGACGGUCGCAUCAUCUGCUCCCCCUACGGCAAUGGCGUGCGCCUCUUGGGCUACAGCGCCGACUGCUGCGACUAUCCCAGCUACAAGACGUUUGACGAGGUGAAGCAGAGUCCACGCCAACUGGUGGAGCUGGCACACAUCACGGAGCAUCAGGAUGUGGUGCUCUGCGCCAAAUUCAGCCCUCGGGAGCCCCUGCUCGUCACAGGCUGCAACAGUGGGGAGGUCACCUGGUAUCGGCCCAAUCUCUAGGAGUGCUCUUUUAUCUUUUACCUUUUACUUUUACCACACCCAAAACUUGUAAAUUGCUCAUUUUUUUAUUUAAUGUACUAGUUCGGUAGUCUCGACUGCUGCCUGCCUGCCUGACCGCCCGCCCGUCAGGGAUCUCUUGUUGAGAAUACAUGGAAAGUUGGUGGACCGA